AUGCAACCUACCUGCGCCCUCGUGACAGUUCCCGGCACCCGGCGGCGGCGGCGACCGAGGAAGCGGCGCGGUGCCGGGCUGAGCGCGGGAGAUAGGGGCGACGGAGUCAUGGGGGAUGCUCCGAGCCCUGAAGAGAAGCUGCACCUUAUCACCCGGAACCUGCAGGAGGUUCUGGGGGAAGAGAAGCUGAAGGAGAUACUCAAGGAGCGAGAACUUAAAGUUUACUGGGGAACAGCAACCACAGGCAAGCCACAUGUGGCUUACUUCGUGCCUAUGUCUAAGAUUGCGGACUUCCUGAAAGCAGGAUGUGAGGUAACGAUUCUGUUUGCGGACCUUCACGCAUAUCUGGAUAACAUGAAAGCUCCAUGGGAACUUCUAGAACUCCGAACCAGCUACUAUGAGAAUGUGAUCAAGGCAAUGCUGGAGAGCAUUGGUGUACCCUUGGAAAGGCUCAAGUUUGUCAAAGGCACUGAUUACCAGCUUAGCAAAGAGUACACACUAGAUGUGUACAGACUCUCCUCCGUGGUCACACAGCACGAUGCCAAGAAAGCUGGGGCUGAGGUGGUAAAGCAGGUGGAGCACCCUUUGCUGAGUGGUCUGCUGUACCCCGGAUUACAGGCCUUGGAUGAAGAGUAUUUGAAAGUAGAUGCCCAGUUUGGAGGUGUUGAUCAGAGAAAGAUUUUUACCUUUGCAGAGAAGUACCUCCCUGCACUUGGCUACUCAAAACGGGUCCAUCUGAUGAAUCCUAUGGUUCCAGGAUUAACUGGCAGUAAAAUGAGCUCCUCAGAAGAGGAGUCCAAGAUUGAUCUCCUUGACCGGAAGGAGGACGUGAAGAAAAAACUAAAGAAGGCCUUCUGUGAGCCAGGGAAUGUGGAGAACAAUGGAGUUCUGUCUUUCAUCAAGCAUGUCCUCUUUCCCCUCAAGUCCGAGUUUGUGAUCCUUCGAGAUGAGAAAUGGGGUGGAAACAAAACCUAUACCGCUUACUUGGACCUGGAAAAGGACUUUGCUGAUGAGGUUGUACACCCUGGAGACCUGAAGAAUUCUGUUGAGGUCGCCCUGAACAAGUUGCUGGAUCCUAUCCGGGAAAAGUUUAAUACUCCUGCACUGAAGAAAUUGACCAGCGCUGCCUACCCAGAGCCCUCCAAGCAGAAGCCAUUUGCCAAAGGCCCUGCCAAGAAUUCAGAACCAGAGGAGGUCAUCCCGUCCCGGCUGGAUAUCCGUGUGGGCAAAGUCAUUAGUGUGGACAAGCACCCCGACGCAGACAGCCUGUAUGUGGAGAAGGUUGAUGUGGGGGAGGCCGAGCCACGGACUGUGGUGAGCGGCCUGGUACAGUUUGUGCCCAAGGAGGAGCUGCAGGACCGGCUGGUGGUGGUGCUGUGCAAUCUGAAACCCCAGAAGAUGAGAGGCGUCGAGUCCCAAGGCAUGCUUCUGUGCGCUUCUACAGAGGGGGUAGACCGCAAGGUUGAGCCUCUGGACCCUCCUGCAGGCUCUGCUCCCGGUGAGCGAGUGUUCGUGAAGGGCUAUGAGAAGGGCCAACCAGAUGAAGAGCUCAAGCCCAAGAAGAAAGUCUUUGAGAAGUUGCAGGCUGACUUUAAAACCUCUGAGGACUGCAUCGCACAGUGGAAGCAAACCAACUUCAUGACCAAGCUGGGGUGCAUCUCCUGUAAAUCGCUGAAAGGGGGGAACAUCAGCUAGCUAUCCUGGCAUCCUGCUCCCUCCUCCCAUCCCGAGUCAUCUGCUGUCUCAGUUUGCUCCGUCCUUCACCCAUUUACCCCUCUCCCCAUCUCCCAGGACACCGAAGCAGGAAGUUGGGGACUUUAUUAGGGGUGGAACUCGGUAAGCGGCAGCUCAGCCUCCCCAGAAUCCAGAACCAUCCUGUCGGGGCUGCUGGGCUACUACAGAGCCGCUGACUGCCCACCCCCCCCCCCGCCCCGCCCCGGGGUAGUAACGAGGGUGGGGCGGCAGCAGGGAGCCCAGCUCUACCUUCUCCCCCUGGCAGCUGACUGGAGAAAUCUGGUUGCAAUAUGACUCCUAGAAAAGGUUUAUGCCACAGCCCUUCUAAUUGGAAAAAUAUUGGUUCCCAUGUUUUCCUAGAGUUCUCCCAGCAGCUGUGCCUCUGUCUGGGAUCUGGUGCCUGAACUGAGCUAAUUACAGCCUUUCCCCAACAGGAAAUUGUGGGAUUCGAAAAGGAAAGGGAGGGGAAAACAGAGAACCUAGUGGUCUACCAAGUGGUGGGCAGCUUUCCCCAGUGCCUGCCAACCCUGAGGCCCAGCCCCGGGGCUCCUGCCGUUUCUUUCCCUUGAUCCUGCGGGGUUGAGACAUUCCCUAAACCAGCUGUGUGUUAAUAUCAGAAGUAAGGCAGAUGGCAGAGCCUGAAUCUUCCUUCAGAGAGGGUGGGGUACUUCUCCAUAAGGCAUCUUGGUCAGAAUCACUGUCACUGUCACGAAUUCAAAUAAACUGAA